AUGGAAGUGAAAGAUGAAGAUGGAAACGUCAUCGAAGGCAAGUAUGAGGGCUUCUGCGUCGAUCUAGUGGACAAACUGGCGGAGCUGAUCAAGUUCAAAUAUAAACUGAAGGUUGUCUCUGAUGGUCAGUUCGGCGCCUAUAUAAAUGGAUCUUGGAACGGCAUGAUUGGUGAAUUGGAAGCAGACAUAGUGGUCGCUCCGUUGACAAUCACUUCGAGCCGAGAACGUGUUGUUGACUUUUCGACGCCCUUCAUGGAGCUCGGACUCAGUGUAAUGUAUCAAAAAAUCGAAAGACCCACACCGGACGUACUCAGCUUCAUGGAACCCCUCUCCACAGAGAUCUGGAUGUGUAUCAGUUUCGCCUACUUGGGCGUUUCAGUGGUACUCUUCCUUGUCAGCCGACUCAGUCCAUCGGAGUGG